UCCCCACUGUCCUCUCCCUCCCCUCCUCCUCCUCCUCCUUUCCCCCACUCCCUCCGCUCCAGCCUUCCAGUGAGCCGGGCACGCCGGGCACUGCCACUGGCCGCCGGGGUCCCACCGCGCUCCGUCACAGCGUCCACUUCCGUCCGGGAGGCAGUGCCUCCGCUCGGCCCGCCCCCGACUGUCUCCCGGGCCGCCGGCCGCCUCUCGGGUGGAAGCGGUGUCCAGGCGGCCGGACCAGGCUCCCAGACACUGAAUCUAAGAGAACAGAGCCCAACUUCAUUACCUCCAAUGGCUAAUGAAGCUCAGCCUUGUCCAUGUGACAUUGGCCACAAGAUAGAGUAUGGCGGGAUGGGGCAUGAAGUCCAGGUCCAGCACAUCAAGGCUUAUGUCACCAAACCCUCCACUGACACGGGGAAGGCUGUGGUCAUCAUUCAAGAUAUAUUCGGCUGGCAGUUGCCCAAUACAAGAUAUAUGGCUGACAUGAUUGCAGGAAAUGGAUAUAUAGCCAUUGUUCCAGACUUCUUCGUAGGUCAAGAGCCCUGGGACCCCUCUAGGGACUGGUCCACUUUCCCCGAGUGGUUGAAAACAAGAGACGCCCGAAAGAUCAAUAAAGAGGUAGAGGUUGUCUUGAAGUAUCUGAAACAACAGUGUCACGCCCAGAAAAUUGGCGUCGUGGGAUUCUGCUGGGGUGGAGUGGCCGUCCAUCACGUGAUGAUGAAAUACCCAGAAUUCAGAGCAGGGGUGUCCAUCUAUGGCAUUGUCAAGGACUCUGAAGAUGUGCACAGCCUAAAGAACCCCACGCUGUUCAUCUUUGCUGAAAACGAUGCCGUGAUUCCUCUUGAGCAAGUUGCUUUGCUGACUCAGAAGUUGAAAGAGCGCUGCCAAGUGGAAUAUCAAAUUAAAACAUUUUCUGGGCAAACGCAUGGGUUUGUGCAUCGAAAGAGAGAGGACUGUUUGCCUGAAGACAAGCCCUAUAUUGACGAGGCAAGGAGGAAUUUAAUUGAAUGGCUGAACAAGUAUGUUUAGCCGUCGCCAAGUGCAAACUUUCUCAAAUUAGUUCGCAUCCAGAAAUGUGCUAAAGACCUGGUCAUUUGAUUUAAUUUUCACUUUAUAUAAAAUAAAUCAAGGAAUCCUGAAAUUCAUUAGUUCAUGUGAAACACAGAUUCAGCAGGAAAUGUUAAUGUAUGAAAUAAUUUAACACACACAUGAAUCAAAAUGUAAACAGCAGGUCAGUGCCUGAAAAAUUGGAAUGGUGACAUAAUAUCCUAACUACCUGGCUAUUCAGGGGCUAGCCCAGCUCAGGCCUGGCCUUUCUGGUCUUUAACUGAGCACAUCCUGUAAAAUGAUUAAUGUGGCAAAGCUAUGAAGAAUGCGAACUAUAAACUCGGGAAAAUUAAAUGCCCAGCUUAAUUUGACAUUUACUUCUAUCUUAAUACAGAUGAACUUCUCGUGUAUAUAUUGCAGUUUGAGAAAUACUGAGAUUAAAAUAGGGUUCCAUUGACCUAAUGAUAUCAAGCCAGUAAACCUCCUUUUGAGUUUUUGAAUUUGUACCUUUUCCUAAAAGCUAAUAAAACUGAUGAACUAGUUACCAUC